CCGGAAGUUCCUCGGGUUGCCCUCUCAAAUCUCGUCCCCAGAUUCUCUGCUGGAUGGUUAGGUUUUUGUUUCCAGUGGACGACUGGCUUUCCCCACAACCCAGGCUGACCUUCAUUUUCAGAUCCUCCUGCCUCAGCCACUCGAGGAAACUGGACUGGGGAUUACAGGCAUGUCGCCAUGCCUACUAUGUUAACGGGGUUAAAUGCAACCUUAAGGUUUCUCUGUGGGUCUUGAACCUGAAUUGAGACGCUGCCUCCAUCCAUCUCCGUGUGGGCCAGCUCACAUGCGAAUAUGCCCACAUUUGUACCCGGAACUGUAUGAAAGUAUCAUAGCAUUAAGAAGGUUGUGAACCUCUGAAUCUAGACCCUCAGCCAUGGCUACAGAGACUUGUGGUGCCCUGACCUAAGAUUCUUACCUGGUGGUGACCCGAGCCCGGUGAUUGGCUGAGCCAUCAGCGGUGUCGAUCCAUGACGCCCCCGGAGGACACGCAUCUCCUGGCCAGCAGAUUGGCUGAGGCAGGAGAAUCUCAAAAUCAAGGACAGCCUGAGUAGUGGAGGAAGCCAAUUGUCUAUUGGAAGCAAAAACCUCAGCAUCCCUCACAGAAUCUAUGAACAAGCUUUGACAGAGCAAUCCCAAGAACUUCUGGUUAGCUACAACGCGCCGUCGCCAAGCAACUUCCCGGCGUGGGGUGCAGCCGCUGCCAGUUACUGACGUCUCGCUCUUCCAAUGACCUUCAGCGUCCGUGCUCCUCCUGGGCUCUGAUUGGCUCUUAUUUGAGGCUCCGCCUCCCACCUUCCUCUCUUUUUUUUUGCUGGCUGAUGGUGGGCGUUUCGGAGUUUGCCGUGUCUGGAUGUUGAAUUGUUGAGUAUACAAACACCUAGGAUGCCGCGCGGAAGCCGCUCUUCCCGGGUGGCCCCUUCCGUCAGCCGGGCCCCUCAGAUGAGACCUGCUCCCAGACAAGCGCCUGCAGCUCAUCCUCCAGCAACAGCGACUGCACCAUCUGCAGUUGGCUCACCUGCUGCUGCACCCCGGCAGCCAGGCCUGAUGGCCCAGAUGGCGACCACUGCAGCUGGUGUGGCUGUGGGCUCUGCAGUGGGCCACACCCUGGGUCAUGCCGUCACUGGGGCCUUCAGUGGAGGUGGCAGUGCUGAGCCUGCGAGGCCUGACAUCACUUACCAGGAGCCCCGGGGAGCCCAGCUGCUGGCCCAGGAGUCUCCUGGACCUUGCUUUCUUGAGAUCAAACAGUUUCUGGAGUGUGCCCAGAACCAGAGUGACGUCAAGCUCUGCGAGGGCUUCAAUGAGGUGUUGUGGCAGUACAGAAUUGCAAAUGAGGGCCAUCCCCCAAGAGUGGACCGUGUAGAGAAGAAGGUUAAGAACAGAAGAUACAGUGAAGAAUUCUUACGGUAUGGUUUUACCUCAAAAACGACAGCAGGCGUUGAGAAACCGCAGUGUGUUAUUUGUGGGGACGUUCUCUCGGCGGAGUCUAUGAAGCCAAACAAACUGAAACGCCAUUUUGACAGCAAGCACCUGAGCUUUGCCGACAAGGAUAUCAACUAUUUUAGAAGCAAAGCUGAUGAGCUCAAGAAAGCCAGGCUUGACACUGGCAGCAAAUACCCCAAACAGAAUGUCAUAGCCGUUGAGUUUUCCUACUUGGUGGCGCUCAGAAUCGCCAGGACUAUGAAGCCUCACAGCUUUGCUGAGGAUUUACUGUUGCCAGCGGCCAAAGACAGUGUUCGAGUUCUGAUCGGAAAGGAAUUUGGUAUGCAGCUGAGCGCUGUUUCCCUGUCUAACGACACUGUCCGCAGAAGAAUAAAUGACAUGUCUGCCGAUAUUCUUAACCAGGUCAUCCAGGAAAUUAAAUCUGCUCCACUUCCAAUAUUCAGUAUCCAGCUCGAUGAAUCUACAGACAUCGCAAACUGUUCCCAGUUACUGGUUUACGUGAAGUACAUUAACGACGGCGACUUCAAAGAUGAAUUCCUCUUUUGCAAACCUCUUGAAACAACAGCCACUGCACAUGAUGUAUUUGACAGAGUUGGUUCAUUUCUGAAGGAGCACAAGCUCUCGUGGGAAAUGGUCUGUGGGGUUUGCACCGACGGUGCUCCGGCUAUGCUAGGAUGUCAGUCUGGAUUUCAGCGUUUGGUCCUGAACGAGUCGCCGGAAGUCAUCGGAACUCACUGUAUGGUUCAUCUGCAUGCGUUAGCAAUGAAGACACUGCCGCAAGACUUAAAAGAAGUCAUGCAAAGCAUCGUCGGUUCUGUCAAUCUUGUCAAGGCGAGCACGUUAAACAGUCGACUGUUUUCACAACUGUGCAACGAGUUUGACGCACCCAACAAAGCUCUGCUAUUUCACACCGAAGGGAGGUGGUUGUCCAAAGGAACCGUUUUAAAAUGUGUUUUUGAGCUUCGUGAUGAGCUCAGAAUAUUUUUUAGUCAGAAAGCAAGACCACAGUUCGUAGCACUUUUCAGUGAUCAAUGUGAAUUGCAGAAAAUAGCUUACUUGGUUGACAUCUUUGUUGUCUUGCGCGAAUUAAGUUUAUCACUGCAAGGACCAAAUGCAACAUGCCUCGAUUUGUCUGAAAAGAUCCAGUCAUUCCAAAUGAAGCUUCGGCUUUGGCAAAAAGAGCUGGAAGAAAAUAAAACACACAUGUUGCCUACCCUCUCUGCUUUCUUUGAGGAACAUGACAUUAAACCGUCCGGAAGGACUUCAGUGAUCAUUUCCGUGAAAGAGCACUUGCACGUGCUUGCGGAAGAAAUUUCCUGGUACGUUCCAAGUCUACCUGCCGUCCCAUUUGCCCUUGCUAGAAGCCCGUUCACAGUCAGAGUUGAAGAUGUCCCUGAGACGGCACAAGAGGAAUUUGUCAGACUUAUUAACAGCGAAGCAGCGAGAGCUGACUUCUCUGUGUUGCCACUUACUCGGUUCUGGGUCAAGUGUUUGCAGUCCUACCCUGUUCUGUCUGAGACCGUGUUGCGCCUCCUCCUUCCAUUUCCAACAACAUAUCUUUGUGAGACAGGGUUUUCCAACUUGUUGGUUAUCAAGUCCAAAUACAGACGGAGGCUCGCUGUGGAAAAUGAUCUCCGUUGUGCUCUUGCAAAGACUGCCCCGAGAAUUUCUGAUCUAGUGAGAAAGAAGCAAUCUCAACCUUCACACUGAUGUUGGUGUUGACUUUUUGCUUUUUAAUGUGUGUGUGUUUGUUUGUUUGUUUUGUUUUUUUUUUUUUGUUUUUGUUUUUUGAGACAGGCUUUCUCUGUGGCUUUGGAGUCCGGAGUCCAUCCUGGAACUGGCUCUGUGGACCAGGCUGGCCUUGAACUCAUAGAGGUCCACCUGUCUCUGCCUCCCAAGUGCUGGGAUUAAAGGUGUGCACCACCACUGCCUGGCUGAAGUUGGCAUUUUACAGAUACUGUUGCAAAAUGUAGCAAAUUGUUCUGGGUUUCGUUUUUUGUUCUUUAUUUUGUUUCUUUGGGAGAUAGGGUUUGUCUGUGUAGCCUGGCUGUCCUGGAACUUGCAUUGUAUACCAUGCUGACCUUGAACUCAUAGAGAUCCUCCUAUCUCUACCUCCCAAGAGCUGGAAUUAAAGUCACUACCCAGGUACUGAUGUUAUAUUAAGACUGUUACCCAGGAGAGGUGGCUUCGAGGUUAAGACCACUGGCUGAGUUAAUUCCUGAGUUCAAUUCCCAGCAACCACAUGGUGGCUACAGCCAUCAAUAAUGAGAUCUGGUGCCCUCUUCUGGCCUGCAGGCAUACAUGCAGGCAGAACACUGUAUACACACACAAAAAAAAAAGACCCGUGAUACUACACCAUGAUUCAAGACAAAAUUUCAUUAUUUAUAACUGGAAAUAAAUAUUUAACAAUAAAUACA